UCAUUGCCAGUGUGACAUGGGAUGGACACCCCAAAGGUAAGCAUUUCAAACAUAGUCCCGAAUCCUGUGGGGCACUCAGCCAACAACCACUAGAGUGCACUCACCAAAUUGGGAGCGGUAACUGAUUUCCAACGGUCCAGCUGUGCAUGCACUGGGGGAGGAAUUUUUAGGCACAAAGUUUAGAGGGUGGAGCUGUUCCUGACUUCAGGAGGGAGGUCUGCAGAGUGUUUGCACUCUGUGUGUGUCUGCGUUCCCAUAGGAAGGGAUUUGUGAUCUGACUGGACAAAGUUUCAUUAUACUAGUGAAGUUCCCAAGCCUUUUCUACUUUGAAGAGUUUAAGAAUUCCUUCUGACACACUCUUCCUGGAGGAAGAAAUGCCCCAUCACAGCGUUCUUCGCCUGGUCCUGCUGAUGCUCUCUGGAGUUGUGGUCCCUGCUGUUCUAACAGCAGAGUAUCCCCAAGGACCUGCCCCCACGCUGUGGAACGAGCCGCCGGAGCUGCCGUCAGGAGGGGGCCCCUUUGAUGCUGCCACCACCAUGGGUCGCUUCUCGGACUCUACAGCCUUCCCCCCGUACACCUCGGAGUAUGAGCCUGAGGACACCACCCACCUGCACCGUCUGGAUGAUAACGGGUCUCUGGGUCCUGGAGCCAUCAGUGCCAUCGUAAUCGCUGCUCUCCUAGGCACGUCUGUGAUUGUGGCCCUGAUCGUCAUCACCCUGCGAAAAUUCUCUGCCUCCUGAACUGAAUAAAAGCUUUUUCCUAAUA